CGCGCCUGCGCCGAGCCCACUUCCGGGCGGCGGGCGCUGCCAGCUACCUGCAGCCGACAUGGAGACCCUCUACCGUGUCCCCUUUUUCGUGCUCGAAUGCCCCAACCUGAAGCUCAAGAAGCCGCCCUGGGUGCACAUGCCGUCGGCCAUGACGGUGUACGCCCUGGUGGUGGUGUCCUACUUCCUCAUCACCGGAGGGAUCAUUUACGACGUUAUUGUUGAGCCUCCGAGUGUCGGCUCUAUGACAGAUGAGCACGGGCACCAGAGACCCGUGGCUUUCCUGGCCUACAGAGUAAAUGGACAAUAUAUCAUGGAAGGCCUUGCAUCCAGCUUCCUGUUUACAAUGGGAGGUUUAGGUUUCAUAAUUCUGGACCGAUCCAACGCACCAAAUAUUCCAAAACUCAACAGAUUCCUCCUCUUAUUCAUUGGAUUUGUCUGUGUCCUGCUGAGUUUUUUCAUGGCUAGAGUAUUCAUGAGAAUGAAGCUACCGGGCUAUCUGAUGGGCUAAGGUGCCUUUAGAGAAGAGAACAGUGGAUACUGGAUUUGCUCCUGUUAAUAAAGUCUUAACGGCAGUGCCGAUCCUCUGAGAAGAGGCACGGACAAGGAGGGAGAGGCGGCAGAGAAGCAUUGAGCGAGCCCUGGGAAGAGCAGGAAAGCCUGGCCACGGCGCUGUCUCUGUGUCAGAGACGGCCUGAGCACGCUGUUUCCCUGCUGGCCCACAUACCGAGAUAACAACCAUGUCACCGUGUCGUUUUCUUCUUAGAUUUUGUUUUUAAUCUUAAAAGACACACUUCAUUUCUACAACUGUAAUACUGAAUAAAGUGGUUAUUUUUUACAGUC